GACAUACAUAAAGGCGGUACAUCGCUCUUGCGACACAGUCGUCGCUCGGUCGUUCCUUGUCGUUGUUCGGUGACAUUGAUACGAUACGAUGAUCGCGUACGGAAUUGUGUUUUUGGUUGCCGCGUUUUGCAACGCAAACGGCGAAGAUGCGUAUUUGCCGCCCUACAUCAAGCAAUGCAGCUACACCGACCCCGACUUCGCGGCCUGCGUAAAGAAGCAGGUCAUCCUGUCGCUGCCACAGUUCACGAAGGGAAUCCCAGAGCUGGGAGUUCCCUCGAUAGACCCUAUCAACUUGGAUGACAUAAUUAUAGACGGCAACGGGCUCAAGCUGUCAUUGAGGAAGGCGCAAAUGCAUGGACUUAGCACCGUCGAUGUGACUGAUCUCAAAGUAAACUUGAAAGAGGAGAGUUUCACCCUAAAAUUCGUGGCCAACAUGAGUGUGUCAGGAGUAUACAACAUCGACGGGCGAAUCCUGGUGCUGCCCAUUAAAGGAGACGGGGAUUGCUUCAUUGCUGUCGAUAACACUGAAGUAGAAAUCAGCAGCAAACUGACCCCCGUGAAGGGCAAGACCGGAGAGCACCUGAAGCUUGUCACUCCCAACUACAAGUACCAGAUCGAGAAGACCACCUUCCAGUUCAAGAACCUGUUCAACGGCAACAAGGAAUUAUCGGACACCAUGCAUCAGUUCGCGAACGCCAACUGGAAGCAGCUCAUGGACGACCUUGCGCCGCCAGUCAUCAAGCAGAUCGUCCGCACGGGCGUCAAGGCCAUCAACAAAUUCUUCAACAAAGUCACAGCUCAGCAACUCAUUAAUGACUACCCGCAUGAUUAAUUGCAGCUUGACGAAAUAUAUAGACGAUCUCUUGAACAUAGUAUAUUUCGUUGACUUUACUUGUUAGACCUUUUAGUAGGACAAGGAAAGUAGGACAUUUCUUGUCAGGUCGAAACUUUAUAGAGCCAUAUGUACUGAAAAACGUACGAUACACGUGCGAACAGGAACUUAGGCUAUUUUUAUUUGUUAGGACAGUUAAUUAUUGUCAAGUGGAGCAACAUUGCGAUUCAGGUAUAAAAGCUUCGUUUAGUUCGAAUUAAUUUAGGCCAAGUAAUUUAGAUAUGUACAUUAUGUAUGUAUGUAUGUAUUAAAAUAACUACCAAGUCUCCGGACGGAACUAAUAUAUAAUUGUGAUACGAGGCAAACGAGCUGAUAGGUCGUCUGGUGGUAAGAUGGGGAUGAUGAUGUUGGAUUUCCCUCAUUUUUUUGAGCCUACAUUUCUUAGCUUAACUUUCGAUAUCGAAUAUACUUAUGUCCUAUUAAUUAUUUUAAUUUAAGAUAAAAUAAGUAUUAGUGAUAUUUUAAAAAUUGAUUGUGUUGGGGGGAUUAUUAUGUACAUAAUUUGGAUAUUAAUGUAUGUAAAUAUAUACGUUGUAUGUACCAAUGUUUCCAAAAAACAAAGAAUACAAAUUGAAAACAGAA